AUGACCAUAAACCCAAACCACCUGAGAAUUCUGGGAGAAAUGCCACCCGACUUCAAGAUCCUGCUGCUCCAACACUCGGAGGACAGUUCUGUGCUUUACGCCGGCCUUUAUGAGAAGGUUAAAGCCGCAGAGAAUCAGAAAGGAAAGAGUGUGACAGGUGGUCUGAUCUGCUCUAAGGUGGUCAAGGCGUCCGUUCGUCGCUCAGAUCUGCAGCAGCUCCACAAACUCCUGCAAGAGUUGAAAGAUCUGAACGCACAGACGCGUCUGAAAGAGUCACGCCGCUGCGGACAGAACCAAGCACAUGAAGAUAAAGAUGGACAGCUGGAUGAUUGUUUCAGAGCUCUGCUGGAGGAAAUGGAGAACUACCUCAAUCCCGUUCUCUCUCAGUUUGACUUUUCAUGCUUUAGCGUUCGCUCUCCGUCCAUCUCCACCACAUCGGCCCGAGCCAAAGACAAGGAUGAGAAAACUGCUGAUAAACCUCUGCCGGAUGCUGGUGAUUCUGUGGUGAUUCUCGCUGACCGGACGCUGUUGGAGUUUCCGUUAGAAGCGUUGAGCGUCCUGCAGGCGAAGGGCAUCGGCUCCGUCUCUCGAGAUUUCUCUCUGCAGGUUCUUCACGCACGACUGCAGACGGAUGAAGCAGAUCUUCCUCCAAAAUCAGCACAGAAGAUGCAAAAAACUCCACAGAUUCCCUCUAGGCCUGUUGAAAGUGACAAUAAAAAGGAAGCCAAAGGUGGCAGAGGAGUCAAGGGGAGAGGCGAUCAAAGCCGAGGCAUCAAAGCGGUGCCGGUCAAUCGUGUCCUGCCGCCAAACAGCAUCCCAGUGGACACACACAGAUUCAGAUAUGUAGUUGAUGCUCAGGAGGAAGAUGAUGGAAAGCAGGCUGAUCACAGCAGCGCAGCAGAGAUCAUGAGGAAGACCCUCGACACCUACGCUUCGCAAUUUACACCUCUGUGGGAAGGAUUCAUCGGCCACGAGCGCAAACGCAGUCUCGCAGAUCUCGAGCAGAUGCUGAUGUCCUGCAGCGCUUUUAUUUACUCUGGCACGGAGAACUUCUUCUCCUGCGUCCCACCGGCCAAGAUGGCCUCCCUCAACAUGUCCGGAUGUCAGAUGGUUUUUCUCUUUGAAAGCGUUCCGAACAGAGUCAGCAUCCAGAAGAGACGGUCCAGCCGGGCUUCAGACGGUCCGCUCGGCUCGGCGUAUCUCUUCACUCUCAGCGGGGUUCAUUCUGUCCUGCUCAACCAGUGGCACAGCAGCGCCGCAGCAGACGCACAAAACCUGCGCUCGCUCAUGGACCCCUUUGUGUCUCUAUAA